AUGUCUGGAAAAUCAGGAAGAUCUUGAAAAACGAUUGCGUUGGAAACCACAGGAUGUGUAAUGAGCGUUAUAAAAUUAUGCUACGCCACUGUGCCACAUGUAUUCUCGGAUGCAAAAACCGAUCUAUACAUCAGUAAUUCUUACCAUGCUUCCUCGUCUGCAACUGAAACUAGUUCGUGUUUAAACUUGACCUUCAGUAACAAUUCUAACACCUGUACAUACGCUGAAUUAUUUUUUAUUGACGAGAAUGUAGUUAUUCAUCAACUGAUUGUCAUAACUGGUGUUUAUUAUCUGUCUCCGGCGUGUUUUUCUCAAUAG